UGAACUGGAAAUAGAAAAAAGGACGAGCACUAGAGAACAGAGUUCCACCUCAGACUCGUGCAGUAGUGCAGUACUGCUACUGUUUUUCUAUACUCUCUCUCUCAGUUCCAGUAGCAUACUAGGUCGUAGGAACUACCUUUACCAUUUGAAGUUGUGUUCACCUGAGUGGAAGAAUCUCAUCUCAAUCAUUCAUUCUCAAUGGGUUCUCCCUCCCACUCUCACAUCAUCAUUCUGUUUGUGCUCUCUUUAGCCUCAGCCUCCGCUUGGGAAGUAGAGAAGAAGACAACAUACAUAGUGCAAGUCCAGCACGAAGCAAAGCCUUCCAUUUUCCCCACGCACAGGCACUGGUACCAGUCUUCCCUUGCCGACACCACCGCCUCCGUUAUUCACACCUACCAAACAGUCUUCCACGGAUUCUCAGCGAGGCUCUCCCCCGCGGAGGCACACAAGCUGCACUCACUCUCCCACGUCAUAACCCUCAUUCCUGAACAGGUACGCCAACUCCACACCACGCGCUCCCCUCAGUUCCUGGGCCUCAACACUGCCGACAGGGAUGGCCUUCUCAAGGAGACCGAUUUCGGCUCCGAUCUCGUCAUCGGAGUCAUCGACACUGGCAUUUCCCCCGACAGCCAGAGCUUCAACGACCGCGAUCUCGCUCUUCCUCCCCCUAAGUGGAAGGGCAACUGCGUUGCUGCUAAAGACUUUCCCCCCACCUCCUGUAACCGUAAACUCAUCGGAGCUCGCUACUUCUGCGCCGGUUACGAAGCCACCAACGGCAAAAUGAACGACACUUUGGAGUCCCGCUCUCCCAGAGACUCCGACGGUCACGGCACCCACACGGCCUCCAUUGCCGCCGGAAGGUACGUCUUCCCUGCCUCCACCAUGGGCUACGCCAGAGGAAUGGCCGCCGGGAUGGCUCCCAAGGCUCGCCUCGCCGUCUACAAGGUCUGCUGGAAUGCCGGCUGCUACGACUCCGACAUCCUAGCCGCAUUCGACGCCGCUGUGACGGACGGCGUCGACGUGAUCUCCCUCAGCGUCGGGGGCGCGGUGGUGCCCUACCACCUCGACGCCAUCGCCGUCGGGGCCUUCGGAGCCUCCGAGGCUGGCGUCUUCGUGUCUGCCUCCGCGGGAAACGGCGGUCCCGGCGGCCUCACCGUCACCAAUGUGGCCCCCUGGGUCACCACUGUGGGCGCCGGAACCAUAGACAGAGAUUUCCCGGCGGAUGUUAUGCUGGGGAACGGCAAGGUGAUUGGCGGGGUGAGUGUGUACGGUGGACCGGGUCUGACUCCGAGUCGGCUCUAUCCUCUGGUGUAUGCGGGUUCGGAUGGUUACUCCUCCUCUCUUUGCUUGGAAGAUUCGUUGGAUCCAAAGUCUGUGAGGGGGAAGAUUGUCGUGUGUGACAGAGGGGUCAAUUCGAGAGCCGCAAAAGGUGAAGUGGUGAAGAAGGCGGGAGGAGUUGGAAUGAUUUUGACGAAUGGACCCUUCGACGGGGAAGGUUUGGUGGCUGACUGCCAUGUCCUCCCAGCGACCUCCGUGGGUGCCGGGGGCGGGGAUGAGCUUCGGAGAUACAUGUCCUUGGCCUCACAGCUGCGGUCACCAGCCACGGCAACCAUAAUAUUCAAGGGCACAAGGCUCGGGAUUAAACCAGCGCCCAAGGUGGCAUCUUUUUCGGCGAGAGGGCCAAACCCGGAGUCCCCCGAGAUCCUGAAGCCGGAUGUGAUAGCUCCUGGAUUGAACAUUCUUGCGGCCUGGCCCAGUACACUUGCUCCUUCUGGAGUUCCCUCUGAUGAGCGUAGGAGUGAGUUUAACAUUCUGUCGGGCACUUCAAUGGCUUGCCCCCACGUUUCUGGUUUGGCUGCUCUGUUGAAAGCGGCACAUCCGGAUUGGAGUCCUGCUGCCAUCCGAUCUGCCCUCAUCACUACUGCUUACACUCUUGACAAUGGAGGAGGCCCUAUGCUCGAUGAGUCUAAUGCCAAUGUUUCCUCCGUCUUUGAUUAUGGGGCUGGCCAUGUUCAUCCCGACAGUGCCAUCAACCCUGGCCUGGUCUAUGACAUCUCUACCUACGAUUAUGUCGAUUUCCUCUGCAAUUCCAACUAUACCUCCCACAACAUCCGAGUUAUCACCCGAAACCAGGCUUCAGACUGCAGUGGGGCCAAGAGGGCUGGUCACUCUGGGAAUCUUAACUAUCCUUCUUUAUCUGCCGUCUUUCAACAGUAUGGAAAGCAGCACAUGUCCACACACUUUAUUAGAACUGUCACCAAUGUUGGAGACCCCAACUCGCUCUACACACUCACUAUUGCACCCCCUCCCGGCACCGAGGUCACGGUUGAACCGGACACGCUGGCUUUCAGGAGGUUGGGUCAGAAAUUGAACUUCCUUGUUAGGGUGCAAACCAGGGCAGUUAAGCUUUCCCCUGGUAGUUCUACUGUCAAGACUGGUUCCAUUGUCUGGUCUGAUACCAAGCACACUGUCACAAGUCCCUUGGUUGUCACCAUGCAGCAACCUCUCUAGACUCUAGUCUAAUAAGUUGGGUUCCUUCGGGGUUUGUAUUGGGGUGUAUAAAUUUUGCACUUUUUCCAUCUUACCACCUUAGUUAGCACUGUCUUAUAAAUUACUUCUUGUUCUCUAUGUAUGUAUACUAGUGUGAUAGCAGCGCAGCGUCUGGUGGGGGUUGGAUUGUUGUACCAAACACUACAGUGUCGUCAAGGUAUAUAUAUAUAUGGAAAAUAUAUAUAUCCUUCUCUCUUGUUGUAAAACUAUGAAUGAAUGUCUGUAGAAAAUGCUGUGUUAAAAAGGAGGACGAGGAUAAGGGAAAGAUUCCCAUCCUUUUACAGCAAUUUUUGUUGACUGCUUUCAGUAUGUUCUUUCCCAUCUUUGCUUGGUCAAAGAUUUGGCAGGCA